CCGUUUCCGUUAAAGAUUCCGGUAACGUCCUCCCCAAAAACAUAUGUCUGCUGUGAACUUUUGUGCACUCCUAUUACGACUGAACUCGUAAUAGGACAUUAGCUUGGUGAAUGUUUUCACUUUCAGGAUUAAUAUCCCGCAAUAAGCUAUCCCGUCAGUGCCUUUGGACUGGACACCGUGUGGGUCAGAGAGCUGGAGCACCCUGAGCACAAUGGAGAGAUCAGCAAGCAGACAGAGCAGGAAAAAAGUUGUAGCAGUGGUGGGAGGUGGUUUGGUUGGGGCACUGAAUGCCUGCUUCUUUGCAAAACGAGGCUUUGAUGUGGAACUCUUUGAAAGUCGGGAAGAUAUCCGACGUGCUAAGAUUGUGAAGGGGAGAAGCAUCAACCUGGCCUUGUCUCAUCGAGGCCGGCAAGCACUGAAACAUGUUGGACUGGAGGAGAAGAUUGUUGCCCAAGGAAUCCCAAUGCAUGCAAGAAUGAUUCAUUCGCUGGAUGGGAAACAGUCCCCAAUCCCUUAUGGCAGGAAAGGCCAGUACAUCCUGUCGGUAGACCGAGCCAAUUUGAACAAAGAGCUGCUAACAGCGGCAGAGACAUAUCCAAAUACAAAGAUGAACUUCGACCAUAAACUGCAGGACUGGAAUGCUGAAACGGGUCUGAUGACCUUUGUCAGGUUGGACGGGUCCAAGGAGCAGGUCAAGGCAGACUUGAUUGUGGGGUGUGAUGGGGCUUUCUCUGCCGUCCGCAAGCAGUUCCUUCGACGUAGCCGCUUUGACUAUAGCCAGACCUACAUCCCUCAUGGCUACAUGGAGCUCACUAUGCCACCCAUUAAUGGAGAGUUUGCUAUGAAGCCUAAUUAUCUACACAUCUGGCCACGAAACACAUUUAUGAUGAUCGCCCUGCCCAACUUGGACAAGACAUUCACCUGUACCCUUUUCAUGCCCUUUGAAGAUUUUGAGAAGAUCACCACAGGAGAUGAAGUCAUCGAGUUUUUCCAGAAAUACUUCCCUGACACCAUACCACUAAUAGGAGCGGAUACUCUCCAGAGAGAUUAUUUCCGAUUGCCUGCGCAGGCCAUGGUGUCUGUCAAAUGCAACCCAUAUCACAUUGGUGACACGUGCGUCCUUAUGGGCGAUGCAGCCCAUGCAGUAGUGCCUUUCUAUGGACAAGGAAUGAAUGCUGGCUUUGAGGACUGCAUUGUCUUUGACGAAAUAAUGGAUCAAUUCAAUGAGGAUUUCAGAGCUGUUCUGCCUGAGUAUACCAGAGUUCGGGUUCCGGACGACCACGCAAUUGCUGACCUGGCCAUGUACAACUACAUCGAAAUGCGAGCACACGUCAACUCCAAAUGGUUCAUUUUCAGAAAAUAUGUUGACAACAUCCUCCACUUCUUCAUGCCAAAGACAAUAAUUCCACUUUACACAAUGGUCACUUUCACUAGGACCAGAUACCACGAAGCAGUCAAGCGGUGGCACUGGCAAAACAAAGUGAUAAACCGUGGCCUGCUGCUCAGUGCUGUGGGGGCUGUUCUUGGUGGUUCCUACCUGCUCAUUAAAAAUCCUCCAGACAUCAACAAGCUCAUCGUCUCUGCUGAGAAAAUGUGGGACAGGCUUGUGGCUCUCAGGACGCUCUGAGCACAGGCAUCGUUGCUGAUCUCACAGACAGGUGUACAGACUAUAGUGUUAAACACUAGAAAAGAAUUGAGAGGCGCCCAAAUAUUAAUUAGAUUUUGACUAAAUGAUCUAAUUCACAGCUAUAACUCCAGUAAUGGCAAAUUACUCCAAUGAUGGCUGCCCUCACUUCAAGGACUGACAGUGAUUGAUCAGAAUGACUUACACCAUUUCAUUAGUGUUAUACUGAUAAUGAUCAGCAGUGAUGAGCAGAACACUGGGGUUUUAAUUAUGAAGCAAGUUUUAAUUCGAGAACACAGCCUCAGUAUUAGGUGUGUGUAGAGGUUUUUACUGUUUUUACACAAGAAUGAUGUCAGCUUUUUUUCUUUGUCUCCACUGGGCCCAGUGACAUUUACUUCAUGCAACAUCUGGGAUUUGUUUUUGUUUUUAAAGGUGCAUUAAAUCAUCUGAGUUAUUUUA